AUGUUGCGUGUCUCCGGUGGGCUACAAAAGCAACAGAGUUUUUUGGUGUUGUUGACGGCCAUGACCAAGCUCUUCUCUUCUCCCGCAGCCAUUUUGCUGCUCCUCGCCGCCAUCUUCGUCGUUUCCUGCGUUGGUCAGCAGCCUGAAGCUGAUGUAGCUGCCACUUCGAUCCUGACAGGAGACCAACCUGACAAAUCUUCCGGCUCGCCCGUGCUGUUCGACGACAACGACGAAGAUGAUGAUGAUGAUGACGAAGAGUACCACGACGUCCAGCCCUCUAUCGACGAUGCAGCGCUUCCCUCCCGCAGGCCGCGGCCCAGCCCGUCGCGCAAACCCAUCAGGCCCAGCCCGUCGCACAAACCCAUCAGGCCCAGCCCGUCGCGCAAACCCACCAAGCCCAGCCCGUCGCGCAAGCCCCACGCGCCCACGCCCUCGCCCUCGCACACCCCCAGCCCCACCUCCGUCGGUCUCGCCUUCCGGAAGCUAAUCUAA